AUGGUCUACCAGGAUCAUCUCACUAAGUAUUGUGUAUUGCGUCCAUUAACAUCAAAACGUGCAGCAGAAGUUGCCUUUCAGCUGAUGGACAUUUUUCUAUUACUUGGUGCACCUCAGAUUGUGCAGAGUGAUAAUGGCAGUGAAUUUACUGCAUCCGUUAUCACGGAGCUGAAGCUUCUAUGGCCUGACCUUCUGAUGGUUCAUGGUAAGCCCAGACAUCCUCAAAGUCAAGGCUCAGUGGAACGAUUAAACUGUGACGUGAAGGACAUGCUCACUGCAUGGUUAGGGGACAAUAACUCAACAGUUAUGCCAAUGGGACUUCGUUUUGUACAAUUCCAAAAUAACAGCAGCUACCAUUAUGGCAUCAAACAAUCACCAUACAAAGCCUUGUUUGGAACUGAAGUCAAAGUUGGAUUGCGUUCCAAUACCCUUCCAACAGAAAUUAUCGAAAGAAUGGUCUCUGAAGAUGACCUUAUUGCAGCAUAUGCCACCUCGCCAGAAGACCAGGAGACAGCAGAGUCGGAAACUUCCACCCCAGCAGAAAAUCAAGAGGUUGAAACCGCCACCCCGCCAAAAGACCAGGAGACAGCAGACACAGAUGUUCCUGAUGCACAGCUAAGAACUAUUCAACAUAACAUCCAAGUCCAGCGGAAAAGAGCAGCAGAUGGUCAGCUUGCACAAGCUGAAUCCAUGGUCAAGCACAGUCGUUUGGAGCAUGUCCCUGGUAACCCCAGUGAUAAUGUAACCAUUCCUAUUCCUUUUGUUGAUCGUGGGAAAGGUGACCCUCGCAAUAUCAUGGGUGUCAUUGUGGACAGAGAUGAAAAUGACCUGUAUCGAGUAGCUGUUCGGGCAAGGAUCCUUAAGGGACGCUAUAGCAGAAACCAAUUCAAUUUGUGCACGCAGCAGUUGCAUAGCAUUGAGGACAUGUCUAGAGACGGUGAGGUUGGCCUACGUCAGGCAGUGCAAAGUGAGUCCAGGUGCGGUGGUCAGGGCUAUGCCAAAUGCAAUUGUGCAGCCAGUGGCAAACAAUGUCGGACAAACCGAUGUAAAUGUUUCAAGUCAGGUGUGAAAUGCAACAGCAGGUGCCACUCCAGUAUUACAUUUGCCAACAAGAACUGA